AUGUCCAUCGCGCGACAGGAGCGUCUUCUCUGGACGACUCUCGGCCUCGCCUUCGGCGCCGCCUCUUACGUGAACCUUCGGGUUUCCCUCCAGACGGCGGCGUCUGACCUCACCUCCGCCCCACCCCGCCCCCCAACUCGCCCCCGCGCCGAUUCUCUCGCCCAGGCGGACGAGCCCGUGUUCGGCGCGACCGCGAAGAACGGGAUCCGACGCGCGUGGAACGCGGGCGUGGACCGCGUCUUCGGAGACCUCGUCAAGUUUUUGAAGGACCGCCAGCUGUGA